UUGCUAUGGCUACGAAAAGCCAGUGGAACCCAAUGAGCUGUCUGCAACAGUGCCGAGAGGACCAGCCAUUUUACUUAUGGAAAACAGUGUGGUAUAUUCUGCUGAGCUUUACCCUGGAAGAAACAUUUUAAAGAAUUUAUUCAGAGAGGAGAGAAGCAAUGGGUAUGUUAACAUACAACUAUUAUAGCCACACAUGCCUGCAAACUGCCCUUUCCACAAGCUGUUGCAUGCUGUUGCUCGCAGUUAUCUGACUGGAGAAAGUGGAAUGCAGGGUGAUAAUGCUGCAUAUCUGCUAUCAGGAGCAGAAAAGGAUUCUUGUCAUUGGAAGGCAAGCCUUUCCUCCAGGAUUAUCUCAGCAGCUCCCUAUUUGCUUAUCCUGGAAACCAGUGAUCCCAAAUGAGGGUGUUGCUCUCUGCUAGCAACGGAACUGUGCGUGGCUGUUGCAUCCGAGCAGCAGGUCUGAGAAAGCAGGUGUGUGCUCCAGUGGGCACUGGACUGGAACGCGGGCGGACGCUCUCGGGUUUACCUGCUUCCUGUUAACAGAUUGUUGGCUCAGAGGGCAUCCGCUUACACUCUGAGGCUGAAGCUGAGAAGGGGCUUCCCGGCAUCCCACUUGACUGUCAGAGACACUUGGAUUGGACUUAAUCUUAAACCGCUGGAGUUCAAGACCUUUUAAAAAGGGCUAAAUAAACAAUCUCUACAUGUAAAAGGCCACUGACUCCUAUUUCCUCUGAACAGAGCAACUGGGAACUCAGCUGCCUGUAGAGCCAGAAUAGGACAGACUCAUAUACCAUUCUGAUCUGGGUGCAUUUCUUCAGAAGGAAAACUGAAGACUUUACUAACAAACCCUCCAAGGUCGAAAUGAAUACAGAUAGCGGUGGGUGUGCUCACAAACGUGCCGCCAUGUCUGUCACGUUAACAUCUGUGAAGAGGGUUCAAAGUUCUCCAAACCUAUUGGCUGCAGGGCGUGACUCUCAAUCACCAGACUCAGCUUGGCGAUCUUACAAUGAUCGAAUACAAGAGACACUGAACGGAGAUGCUACAUAUUCCUCUCUUGCAGCAAAAGGUUUCAGAAGGGUUCGACCAAACCUACAAGAAAAAAAAUCUCCGACUCAGGCACCCCUUCCACCCACCAGAAAAGAGAGCUUUCAUAGCUCCUUGACAACCAAUCACACACAGGGCCACAUUUUAGACUCAUUAGAAGCCAACAUGCAAACUCCCUCCUGUACCGAGUUUUUUUCUAACAAAAAGUUUCUUCCAGCAAUUACACACUCUAAUGAUGAAUCUAAUCCAACAAUUGUAUAUUCUGAAGAAUCCAACACAACUGUGUCAUAUACCCAAAAAAUCACUAGCCCACUACCAGGAGCUUCCAACACAAGUCCUACACCAUUUGCUGACAUCAGUACCCCAUUUCUACAAGAGAACUACAUGCAAGAUUCUCAAACUCAGAGAAUUUCUACCUUAAAACUAAUGCAUAACCAGGAUCUGGGAAGUACCAUCCCUUUUCAUAUUCCACAGUUUUCUAAUCCUGUUGAAGUUCCUUCAUUUCUCAAAAAGCCUUGCUCACCACCCCCUAACCCAGUACCUGAGAUACACACAGCAUCUCUUUCCAUUCAGAUAGCUCCCCUUUCAGGAAAAGAUCCUGAAAGCCACAAACAGCUACCUGAGCUUUCUCCAGAGACUACAAAGAUACCUCUUCAGCAAGAGAGACAAACAUCUGCAGUUGCUACGGCCUCUCAGUCCUCAGACUGCCGGCAUGGAAAUCAGCAAUUAACUGCCAAUGUGUUGGAGAGCCAGAUAACAGUGAAUGGCAACUCUGGUGGUGCUGUGAGUCCAAUGAGUUACUACCAAAGGCCGUUUUCCCCUUCAGCAUACUCUCUCCCAGGCUCCGUCAACUCCAGCCUUAUCAUGCAGCAUGGCAGAUCCCUUGAUUCCUCAGAGACAUAUUCCCAGCAUGCUCAGUCUCUGGAUGGCACCGCAGGCAGCUCAAUACCCCUGUACAGGUCCUCUGAGGAAGAGAAGAGGGUGACAGUCAUCAAAGCCCCGCAUUACCCAGGAAUCGGGCCUGUGGACGAAUCUGGAAUCCCGACAGCAAUUAGGACGACAGUCGACCGGCCUAAGGACUGGUACAAGACAAUGUUUAAACAGAUUCACAUGGUGCACAAGCCAGAUGAUGACUCAGACAUGUAUAAUACUCCUUACACAUAUAAUGCAGGUCUAUUCAAUGCACCUUACAGCGCUCAGUCACACCCUGCUGCAAAGACUCAGACCUACAGACCUCUUUCCAAGAGCCACUCUGACAAUGGCACCGAUGCCUUUAAGGAAGCAUCCUCCCCAGUGCCCCCCCCACAUGUUCCCCCAAGACCAAGAGAUCGCUCUUCAACAGAAAAGCAUGACUGGGAUCCUCCAGACAGAAAGGUGGAUACCAGAAAAUUUCGGUCUGAGCCAAGGAGUAUUUUUGAAUACGAGCCUGGGAAAUCAUCAAUUCUGCAACAUGAAAGACCACCCCCUCUCCCAGCGACGCCGACGCCCGCGCCGACCGCAGCCGGCCCGCAGCCCGGGUCCUCCGCGCCGCCCGGAGACGCCGCCGCCGCGCGCAGCCCCUCCCCUCCGCCCCGGGGUGGCGGCCCCGCCGCGCGCGCGGGCGCCCCGGCUCCCGGCCCCGUCCGGACUGAUCGCAUAAAUCCAGAUGACAUAGAUUUAGAAAAUGAGCCCUGGUAUAAAUUCUUUUCAGAACUGGAGUUUGGACGCCCGCCUCCUAAAAAGGCUCUGGACUAUGUUCAAGAUCAUUCUUCUGGUGUUUCCAAUGAGGCCUCCAUAUAUCAAUCUUCUAUAGACAGAAGCCUGGAGAGGCCCAGCAGUUCUGCAAGCAUGGCUAGUGACUUCAGGAAGCGGAGGAAGAGUGAGCCUGCAGUUGGUCCACCCAGGGGCUUGGGGGAUCAGAUUGCAAGCAGAACCAGCCCCAGUAGGAUGGACCUCCCAGGAUCGAGCACCACCUUGACAAAAUCUUUCAUUAGUUCUUCUCCUUCCUCCCCCUCAAGAGCAAAAGGUGGGGAUGAUAGCAAAAUGUGUCCAUCCCUUUGCAGUUACUCAGGGCUCAACGGCACCCCCUCCAGUGAGUUAGAGUACUGUAGUCCUUAUAGACAGCAUCUGGAUGUCCCAAGGGACUCACAAAGGGCUAUCACUUUCAAGAAUGGCUGGCAGAUGGCCCGGCAAAAUGCAGAGAUCUGGAGCAGCACUGAAGAGUCGGUGUCCCCCAAAAUCAAAUCCCGUAGCUGUGAUGAUCUCCUAAAUGAUGACUGUGAUAGCUUCCCUGACCCCCAAACCAAGUCAGAAAGUAUGGGCUCCCUUUUAUGUGAAGAGGAUUCCAAAGAGAGCUGCCCCAUGACCUGGGGUUCCUCCUUCAUCCAGGAGGGUCGUGGUAACAGCAGAUCAAGGAUCAGACACAGGUCAUCCCACAAUGCCCCUGGCUUCCUAAAAAUGUACAAGAAAAUGCACCGCAUUAACCGGAAAGAUUUGAUGAAUUCAGAGGUCAUCUGCUCGGUGAAGUCGAGAAUAAUGCAGUAUGAAAAGGAGCAACAGCACAAGGGCCUGCUCCACGGAUGGAGCCAGUCCUCCACGGAGGAGGUGCCCAGGGACAUGGUGCCCACACGCAUCUCAGAAUUUGAAAAGUUGAUUCAAAAAUCAAAAUCCAUGCCAAACUUAGGAGACGAAAUGUUAUCUCCUGUAACCCUGGAACCGCAACAAAAUGGUUUGUAUCCCAAGAGGCGAUUUUCCAUUGAGUCUUUGCUGGAGGAAGAAAAUCAGAGUAGGCACCCUUCUCAGGUUCAGCGGAGCUACCAGUCUAAAACUCUGGUGCCAAUUCACAUCGAAGUCACCAGCGAUGAGCAGCCCAGAACACACAUGGAAUUUUCUGACAGUGACCAGGAUGGAGUUGUGUCUGAUCACAGUGACUACAUUCAUGUGGAAGGGUCAUCUUUUUGCAGUGAAAGUGAUUUUGAUCACUUUUCAUUCACAUCUUCUGAAAGUUUCUAUGGGUCCAGCCACCACCACCACCACCACCACCAUCACCAUCACCGGCACCUCAUCAGCUCCUGCAAAGGCCGGUGCCCUGCCUCGUACACUCGAUUCACCACAAUGUUAAAGCAUGAAAGAGCUAAGCAGGAAGGUGUCGAACAGCCUAGAAGACAAGAAUUGGACCCCGGCUUGUCUAAACUUGCAUUCCUAGUCAGCCCUGUGCCUUUCCGGAGGAAAAAAAGUGUGACUCCCAAAAAACAGACUGAAAAGGCAAAAUGUAAAGCAUCUGUAUAUGAGGCUUUGGACUCUGCCCUUAAAGACAUCUGUGACCAAAUCAAAGCUGAAAAGCGAAGAGGAAGUUUGCCAGACAACAGCAUAUUGCACCGUCUUAUCAGUGAACUGCUGCCAGAUAUUCCUGAAAGGAACUCAUCACUUAGAGCUCUGAAAAGGAGCCCCACGCACCAGCCUUUCCACCCACUGCCUCACGACGGUGCUAUUCAUUGUCCACUGUACCAGAAUGAUUGUGGGAGAAUGCCGCACAGUGCCUCUUUCCCAGACGUGGACAUGGCCAGCAGCAGCUACCACCACCAGGACCAUGACAGUGCCCUGAGUCUCCAAGACCUAGAGUCUCCUAGAAGUUACUCAUCCACUUUGACUGAUGUGGGGAGAAGUGCAUCAAGGGAAAGAAGAGGAACUCCAGAAAAAGAGAAAUUUCCUGCAAAAGCUGUUUAUGAUUUUAAGGCACAGACAUCUAAGGAGCUGUCAUUUAAGAAAGGUGACACUGUCUACAUCCUCAGGAAAAUUGAUCAAAAUUGGUAUGAGGGAGAGCAUCAUGGAAGAGUGGGCAUUUUUCCAAUCUCAUAUGUAGAGAAACUCACACCUCCUGAAAAAGCACAACCUGCAAGACCACCUCCCCCAGCCCAACUUGGAGAAAUCGGAGAAGCUAUAGCGAAAUACAAUUUCAAUGCAGACACAAAUGUGGAGCUCUCACUGAGAAAGGGAGAUAGAAUUAUCCUUCUUAAAAGAGUUGAUCAAAACUGGUAUGAAGGUAAAAUUCCAGGCACCACCAGACAAGGGAUCUUCCCUGUUUCCUAUGUAGAAGUUGUCAAGAAGAACCCCAAAGGUGCUGAGGAUUACCCUGACCCUCCAGUACCCCACAGCUACUCUAGUGAUAGAAUUCACAGCUUGAGCUCCAACAAGUUGGCUUCCAGUGAACUAGCCCUUCCUUCCACCCAUAAAAUGUCACCUGGUUCAGAUGAAGGAGAAUUCCCGGGAAAGUCCCAGGAGUGGCUGUCCCUGACGAAUGGGUGUCCAGCAGCAAACAGUUUGGUCCCAAUGCCAUCUUCUUUCCUGGAUGACUUCUUGGCUGAAUUAGAGAAGUUGGGUGCUUUAACUUUGUCAGUCAACCAAGCCAAACCUGACGUGCUGGAGGAAACCAUCCUUGAAAUUAAGGAAGAGCCUUCUGCUCUCCUCCCAUUGCCUCCAGCAUCUGUACCUGCAGGAUCAUCUAUCUCUCUGCCACCUCCCUCCCCCGCAAUUAUGACCUCAGCCACAGCCCAACCUUACAAUGCAAGGUCCCUUCAGGAUCCCAGAGAGACCACUCACAACCAAUUUACAGAUUUGAAAAAAAUGAGAAGGGGCUCUUCAGAUGCUAAAAGGGUUCUUGAAAUGCUAGGUGAUAAAUUUGUUGCCUCAGCAUGCACCAGUGUGGGUCCCUUGCCUAUAACCCUCCCCGUCAUUGGAGAGGAAGAUGAGGAAAUUGGUGAGGGGGUCACCUCAGACAUCCAAAGAUGGCGGCUAGAAUCUCAAGAACAAGAUGCCUUGUGGUGUGGGCAUGGAGGUACAGAGGUGACAGCAGAGCUACACAUUGAAGAGGAGAAAGAAGAGGAGAAUCCUGUGCGCUUUACAUAUUCAGUAGGCACUCCUACAAAUCCCAGCCUCUCUAAGGAAGACAGCAGUGCAGCAGAAACCAGUAAUGAGCGAUCUUCAUUUUCUUCAAGAGCUCGAAUGAGUACGUCUUUGCCCAGCAGUCUGCUUUCCUCCCCUCCAUUCCAUUCUCCCCUGGCCUCUGUCUCUGACCUGGUCUCUACACUUUCCCAGCCUACUCAGCCCUCCUCAUCUCCUCUCCUCUCUAAAUACUCUUAUCAGCAGGAGAUCAGUUCACCAAAAUUAAAGCCACAGCGUCCUGUGUUUACUCAUGAAAACAUUCAAGGUGGGGGGGAACCGUUUCAGGCUCUGUAUAACUAUACUCCCAGGAAUGAAGAUGAGCUGGAGCUCAGAGAAAGUGAUGUUAUUGAUGUGAUGGAAAAGUGUGACGAUGGAUGGUUUGUUGGAACCUCGAGAAGAACCAAAUUCUUUGGUACUUUUCCCGGGAACUAUGUCAAGAGGCUGUGAAUUACUCUCCCUCCUUAUUUAAUGCCACAUGUCAGCAAAACAUCUGCAUAAACUUGCCUGAAACAUCCACACAGGCCUCUCGUUGUCAUGCCUUAUGGUUUCCAAUAUGCCAUCACCAUCUCCACCUGCUGCCACCAAACCACCAGCAGAGGAACUACCGCUGUGAGCCUGGGGGAGACACAGCAGACCUGCAUCCACAGGAAAGUCCGUCCUCCUCCUCUCUGCCCUAAACUCCAAAGUCAAUGUGGGAGACCAGAAAGAAAAUUAUUAUAUUUGAAAAGAACAAAGUAGUUGAGCAAAAGAAAACAAAAAAAAGAAAAGGUCUCCAGGAGGCUCUGUGGUCUCCUGCCUGUAUUUCAACUCCAGAAGAUUCUCCUCUCCCAGGCAACCAGAAGAUGGUUUUUUCCAAACCCCCGUGGUUUGCAUUUUAACCUUCUUAGCUUGGCAGUCUAUUUUCCUUUCACAAGUUUGCCUAGUGUCCUGGUUUACACUGUAUGACAACCAUACUUCAGCUAUCUUUUGCCUGCACUUACAUGUUGUUAUAUGCACCGUGAUCACAAAACCUAAAGUUAAGAGUAAGAAAGUUAACUUGUAUGGGUGUAAUUUUGUUAAUUGAAUGUAAGUUUUCAAAGAGGAGUCUUUUCCUGCAAUUUUUUGUACUUUUUAGAAGUACAAACAGUGAAUGAAUAAGAGCUUUUGGUAAUUAACAUGAGAAUAAAAAGGAUUAGGUACACUACAGAAAAAAUUACUGUGUUGUAAAGUUGCAUUGCUACUUUGUAUUAAAAGGUAAUAAUCAGCAUCAUGAACAAUGAGCUCUUAGUGUUUUAUUUAUCUGAUAAAAUUUAAGUAAAGGCAGUGUUAGUGAGAGGUGCAGAGUUCUAUUCUAACAUAGACACUUGAAAGUAUCCGUAAGCAAUAUUAGUAGGUAAGAUUUCACUGUGUGUACACAUACACAUUUGAGAUUGUAUGAGAACAUAUAAUCUAUAUGAUAUGUUGUACAUUUUAUGGAAAUGUAAAAGAAUCCUACAUAUUAUUUUAUAGAAAUAGAGUACUUCAGAAGGGUCACAAGUAUUAAGGCUGGUUUUAGCAAGAAUUAUGGUCAACACGAUUAUUUUUACUAUGAUAAUUAUUUUUCUUCUAUGGAACCCAGAAUCCUGCUUACAUUUGCGAACAGGAAUAUGUUGAGCCUGAUUUUCCUGGUGUAUGUAAAAUAUUUCCUAGGAAUAAAUUGGGCACUUUUUAGAGACUGUUAAAUCAUUCAGGUUAUUUUUUUUUCCUACCCUGAAGCGGAGCCUGAAAGAUUUAAUAGGGUUAACUGUGCCUAAACUGCAUAUACCCUGAAAACUAGCUUUGUAUUUCUUAUGAAUUUGCAUAAGAACUGUUCAUCUUUGGAUCUGAGCACCUUACAGAUAAAACUUUUUAUGGCAUUUCUUCAUGGACAGUGAUUGAUCUUUUCACAAUAUGUAGAUUGUAGUAUUUUGUAUAUAUGUUUGUUCUUUUUUUGUACAGACUGUUUAGUUGUUGAGAAAACCGGGGAACUUCCUAAUUUGGUCUUUAUCCUGCACUUAAACAAAGCUAAAACACUUUCAGAAGGUUAUCCUCCACGUACCACAUCGAUCAAAGCGCCCCCUGGAUAGUGUGAUUCUGUAAGAUAUGCAAAUGUUUAUGAAUUGAAAAUGUCUUAGAAGCCAAACUGAAAUGUACAUAAACACUGAUUACAGAGGAAUUUCACUAGGAAAAAAGUAAAGGAGCAUCCUUGGGUAGCCGACCAUGAUUAUUGUCCAGUUCACAACCAGCUUUGUAUUUUAAAGGCUUUGGGUUUGAAUACUGCAUGCAGCUUUGCUGAUAAAUGACUAAUUCUCUUUGAUGCCAUUUAUGAGACAAGACUUCAAAAUCUGUUGCCUGUCUUACUUAAGAAAAAGUACCGUUUCUAUUCUCUGUAUCGGAUUUUAAAAGGAAAACUACUCAUACCUGACUUUCAGGUAAUUGACUGAAUUCUUACAAGCAAAGAUCAUUGUGUUUUUCUUGAGUAGACAUCUAAUAAAUUUUGCUUGGAAAUGUA